AUGUUUGGUAUUGUCAGCGACGUUAUUGCGGGUAUCGGUUUAGUGAAAGAUCUUAAAGAUGCCGCUAGUGAUUGUUCCAGAGCGUCUGAUGAAUACAAUUCGUUGGUCUCAAUAAUUCGAGACCUAGAACCUCUUUUACACUGUCCAUCGCUACAGCUAGAAGAAGCCGAUCCGAAAGACCUCCAACUUUACCAUAAAGUUGUAAUAAACAUAGACCAAUCGGCGAAAAACUUCAUGUCGAAAAUCGAGCAAUUCGACAAAAAGCUCAGCUUUGACUCCCCUGGAUUCGCUAAGAGGAUGUCUGUUGCCUUCCGCAGAAUGGAGUGGUCUUCAGCUAAGAGUCUCGUCGAGGAGCUGAAAACAAACUUGAUCCUUCAUAAUACCAUCCUCAUGGGUAUUGGUCAACGGAUUACAUUGAAGAUGGAAAAUGAUCGGCUCGCUUUACAGAAGCAGCAGCAAUGCCAACCCUGCGGUGCUCAAAAUCGAGCUUCCAUGCACAUACCGCACACAUCGAGUCAUCCAGAUCCUACCAUUGAACAUGAGGAGGCUUCACACAUAAUGCGGUUGGAACCAUAUUAUGAUAGUAACGAAGUACAUAAUAGCCUAGCCCAGUCUACAACAAAUAUUCAAGAGAGAUAUUCACUAGACCAGCAGCUUCUGAGACACAGUCUGCUUCAGAUGACAUAA